AUGGGGGUUAUAACUUUGUCAACAGCGCCGCGAGUACGUGCAGCUUCUAUCUGCAUAUCUCAUCAUAAUUCUCCCUCAUAUCAUCGGAGUCUAGAUAUCCUGGCUAGAAAAUAUGACUACGAUAAUGGCAAUGGUAAAAGAAAGAAUUCGAAAUUAGGUAUACCACCAACCUCACGCCAAUUGGCUGCUGUAAGUCUAGACUUAGCGUUAGAAUUAGAGGAGCGAAGGGGUCGAUCAGAAUCUUGCUAUAGUAAUGGAAUCGAUUCAGGUUUUGAAUGUUCACAGCCUACCCUGGUUUAUACCCAAGUUCAGAGAAUCCGUUUUAAAGAUUUUUCGAAGGAAGUCCGCGCAACAAUGGAUAUGGAAAAAUUUUUAACAGAAUCAACAAUACUAUUGGAUAUAGCCCAAACGGAUUUAGAAAGUAUCGUAGAAAAAAUGUUAACCAAAUUAUUUGAUAAAGAACAACUGCAAUGUUCCAUGUCUGAAGCUGUAAUAUCUUUAUUAUCCAAAGAUAUAGAAGUGUGUAAAUUUAGAAAUCUAAUGCAAGGAACAGAGUACAGUGAAGGAGGUGGUAUUGCUAUUACCCAGCAAUAUUUGGUUGCUUUCUGCCAAUUACAGACCUUAACUGGACGCCAUGUCGCUAUUGGACGCCUAAAAGAACCAACUAAUCUGGGACCAACAAGUCAAGAAGUUAAUUUUAUCAUCUUAAUUCUGACAUCGACUAAAGAGAAAGGAACUAAAAAUGCGGUUGAAGUGGCUCGAACGUUUGCAACUGUAUUUGCAGACGAAGAAUUUCGACAAAUUUUAAUGGAUGCAACAAAUGAUGAAGAAUUCAAAAAAUUUCUAAAUGAAGUUCGUUCAUUUGGUCAUGGCGUCGUCAGCGAUGUUAGACGACGAUUACCGCUUUAUUUAUCAGACUUUACUGACGGCUGGUCUGGGCGACAUUCCAAAAGGAAAUUAUUAUCAACGACAUUUUUCUUGUAUUUCGCAUGUUUAUUACCUUCAGUGGCUUUAGGCGUACUCAACGACGAAAAUACUAAAGGCAUCGUUGAUGUAAGGCGAACAUUAAUUGGUCAAGUGAUUGCAGGAUUAACCUUCGCUCUUUUCGGUGGGCAGCCAUUGAUCAUUCUGCUAACGACAGCGCCGAUCGCCUUGUAUAUGAAAUUGAUUUAUGAUAUAUGCGUCGAAUUUGAUAUCGAUUUUCGUGCAAUGUAUGCUUGUACUGGCAUUUGGUGUUCUAUCUAUCUCAUACUUUACUCCGUAUUUAACGUUAGUUCUGUAAUGAAAUGGUCGACAAGAUCCACUGUUGAAAUCUUUUCCUUAUUUGUGGCCAUUACACUCGCAGUCGAUGCAUUUCGCGAUUUAUCAAAUCGUAAGAAUUUACGAAUCUUUCCAAUUUUUUAA